AAAUUUUUUAAUUAAAUAUUUCGAAACUUUAACCCUACCAAAGUGACACAGAAUAUUUUUAAUCUUAUUAUUAAGUGAUUAAUUAAUUAGCGUAAAAAGAGUAAAAUGGUAAGAAUUACUGUGGAAUUGAUUCGAAAACGUGCCGAGCAUAAUGAAGGAGAAAUAUCAACUUUGGAGGAAAUCUCUCUGCAUCAGGAAAAUAUAGAAAAAAUUGAAAUGCUUAAUCAUCUUUGUCGAGAUUUGAAGAUUCUUCUGCUACAGUAUAAUUUGAUAUCGAAAAUAGAAAAUCUUAAUAAACUGAAAAAAUUGGAGUAUUUGAAUUUAGCUUUAAAUAAUAUUGAAGUUAUUGAAAAUUUAGAAGGACUGGAGAGUUUGAAGAAACUUGAUCUUAUGGUGAAUUUCAUAGGAAAUUUGCAAGGAGUCAAAAAUCUGAGAUGCAAUGAAAAUUUGGAACAAUUGAUCUUGACCGGAAAUCCCUGCACUGAUUACAUGGGCUAUAGAGAAUACGUGAUAGCGACUCUCCCUCAAAUCAAAGAAUUGGACAUGGUUGCUAUUGAAAGAUCAGAAAGAAUAAAAGCUCUACAAAAGUAUGCUGAAGCUCAAGGCGAUAUUAUUAGGGGUUACAAGAAAUACGUGAAAAUUCGAGAGCAACAAAAGAGACAACAUGAAGAAAAGCAGAGUCUCAAAAUUACCGAAAUCAAUUCCGAUGAUUCUGAGAAUGUUGAUGAGGUAGAUGAAGAAGAAGAAGAAAAUGAAAAAUUUUGGAACUCAGCAAGCCAUCACACACCAGAAGAUCGAAUUGCAAUUGCAGAGCGUGUGCAAAAAAUCGAAGAAAAAAAGAACAGUUCCAGAAAGGAAGAAGAAAAACCAAAAUACGUUCCUAAACUAUUCAAUCUAAAAGGGAAACCGUACAAUAUCAAUCAAGCAAAAGUGCCUUUUACAAUUAAUGACGAUGAUCCAGAAAAUAUUAUUCUUACUCUCCAAGUCUACAAAUACUUGGACACAUCUUAUUUGGAAGUAGACGUUCAACCUCUGUACGUGCGUGUUACUGUAAAAGGUAAAAUUUUGCAACUGACCCUCUCCUCUGAGGUGUUGACAGAAAAAAGUCUCGUUCAAAGAAACACGACCACAGGACAUUUGACGAUAACAAUGCCUCGAUUAAAUCCCUCAAAUAUAAUUUCUGGAAAAAAGUCAACUAAUGCAAAUAGCAGUAGCAAGGAAGUUCCUAAAGUGAUCAAAAAAAUUGGACCAGUAAUUACGAAACGAGAACUCUUAGAAAUUGGCCCUCCAAGGGACGAUUUGGAUUUUUCGAAAAUUGCCAAUAAUUCAAAAAAUAAAAAAUGUCCGACCUAUUUACCAAAACUUCAAAAUUCAUCUUUCAACUUUAUCGACAAUCCUCAAGUUCCACCAUUGGAAUAAAAGGAUUCAAUGAAAUUUAAUUGAAAUUUAAUUCAAUUAAAUUGAACUAAAUUUCAAUGAAAUUCAACUAAAAACCAUUUAAAUCGGAUUCAAUGGGCAUUAAGUACAACUGAAAACCA